UGUAACGAGUUUUGCCCCGUUCAGGUGGAGUGUGGAUCCGCGCACGGAUCGCGGCGGCGGCGACGGCCGGGACACCAGUGAUAUGCUGCCCAAGGCGGAGACUGGAGCGCUGGCUGCCGGCGGGUGGCGAGGGGAGCGGAUGCACGCCGCCCGCUCUCAGAUGAUGGAGUAUGCCUACGACGAAGACCUGGACGAGUUGUGCCCCGUGUGCGGCGACAAGGUCUCGGGAUACCACUACGGGCUCCUCACCUGUGAAAGCUGCAAGGGUUUCUUCAAACGCACAGUUCAAAAUAACAAGAGGUACACGUGUAUAGAGAACCAGACCUGCCCUAUCGACAAAACUCAACGCAAGAGGUGUCCUUACUGCCGCUUCCAGAAAUGCCUCAACGUCGGGAUGAAGCUGGAAGCUGUGAGGGCUGAUCGCAUGCGGGGAGGUCGAAACAAGUUUGGGCCAAUGUACAAGAGGGACCGGGCUUUGAAGCAGCAGAAGAAGGCUCUGAUCCGAGCAAAUGGACUUAAGCUAGAAGCCAUGACUCAGGUGAUGCAGACCAUGCCAACCGACCUGACAAUAUCUUCUGCCAUUCAGAACAUCCACUCAGCCUCCAAAGGACUACCUCUAAACCACCCUGCCUUGCCACCCACAGACUACGACCGAAGUCCGUUUGGCACGUCUCCAAUUAGUAUGGCAAUGCCGACACACGGCAGUCUGCAAGGCUACCAGACCUACAGUCCUUACCCGAGUCGUACCAUCAAGUCCGAAUAUCCCGACCCUUACACUAGCUCGCCCGAGUCUCUCAUGGGCUACUCCUACAUGGACACUUACCCAUCCAGCUCUCCAUCCAGCAUCCCACACCUGAUCCUGGAACUCCUGAAGUGUGAGCCCGAUGAGCCCCAGGUGCAAGCCAAGAUCCUGGCCUACCUCCAGCAGGAGCAGGCCAGCCGGGGGAAGCACGAGAAACUCAACACCUUCGGACUAAUGUGCAAGAUGGCCGAUCAAACCCUCUUCUCCAUCGUGGAGUGGGCCCGAAGCAGCAUAUUCUUCAGAGAACUUAAGGUUGAUGACCAAAUGAAACUACUUCAGAACUGCUGGAGUGAGCUUUUAAUCCUGGAUCACAUUUACAGGCAAGUGGCACAUUGGAAAGAAGGUGCCAUCCUCCUGGUGACUGGGCAGCAGGUGGAUUUCUCCGUGAUUGCCUCACAAGCCGGGAGCACUCUGAAUAAUCUCAUGAGCCACGCUCAGGAGCUUGUGGUGAAACUCCGCACACUACAGCUCGACCAGCGAGAGUUUGUGUGCCUCAAGUUCCUGGUGCUCUUCAGCCUUGGCAAGUAUCUCACAUCUGAUUCAUUUUCAUCAAACGCUGAUGCCCUUGGCCUUUUGUCCCCAGGUACAUUGCCUCUCGAGCUAAGAUAUUGUGGGCAGUUGUUCACGGUCUUUAUACAUGGGGAGAUGUUUAUCUUAUUCUCUGGAGCUCUGGCUUCUGGUCAUGUUAAAGCAAAAUACAGCAGAUGCUGGAAACCUGAAAUUAAAGCAGAAUAUGCGAGGGCGCUCUGCAGGUUGGGCAGCAUCUGCGGAGAGAGAAACAAGGUAAGGUUUCAGGCCUCUCAUCACACUUGCAUCCCACACUGUUGAUUCUAUUAACCUGGGUGGAAAUGUAUCAUUUCCUGUAUGUAUCAAAUGAAAUGUAUCAUUUAGUUUAGUUUAGAGAUACAGCACGGAAGCAGGCCAUUCGGCCCACCAAGACCGUGCCGACCAGCGAUCCCCGCAUAUUAACACUAUCCUAUCACACUAGGGACAAUUUACAAUUAUACCAAGCUGAUCAACCUACAAACCUAAAGGUCUUCAGAGUGUGGGAGGAAACCAGAGCACCCGGAGAAAACCCAUGUGGUCCAGGGGAGAGCAUACAAACUACACACAGACAUCACCCAUGGUCGGGAUCGAACCAGGGCUGUAAGACAGUAACUCCACCGCUGCACCACCACACCGCCUCUAGUAUAAGCCCUUGGACAUGUCAAACUCAGGGGAUCAAAACAAUUUUCCCCGUCAGAGUAACAGGAUAUUACUGUAAGUGUACAGAGUAAAUCGAAAUGUGUGGGAAGGAACUGCAGAUGCUGGUUUAAACUGAAGAUAGGCACAAAAUACUGGCGUAACUCAGCGGGACAGGCAGGAGAGAGAGUGACAGGCAGGUGAUGUUUCGGGUCAAGGCUCUUCUUCAGACUGAAGAGUGAAUCACUGAGCCAGAUGUGGGAAUCUCUGAGAUGAAUGAGAUUGGGAACUAAAGGCCUCUAUUAUUGUGCGGUGGGAACAUGCUUCCCCUUAUCUCCAUCUUGAGGAGGGAUAUACGCAGUUUGAAGCCCACAUUCUAAUCUCCCCAUAAGAAGGUAGAUACUCUGGACAUUUGAGUGUCCAGCCCCUUCAAGUUCUCGUUUAGUUUAAUGAGAUUACUGCUAAAUCUCCCCAUCACAUCCUGCUCAACAUUUCCUGUAAAAACCACCUCUUCAUUCCAGAAAUCUAUCCAGUGAAUCUUCUGUGGAAUCCUCCCGAUGCUGGGAUAUCACUCAACUGUUCAUCACCCUUUCACACUGGUGAACAAUGUCAGUGUCAGGGCAGGUGUGUCAAGCAGACACUUCAACCACUGCCAAUGAAUCCACCUACAGCCAAAAUUGAAAACUCACCACUAGUGGGAGAGUCUAGGACCAGAGGGCACACUCAGAUUAAAGGACGUACCUUUAGAAAGGAGACGAGGAGGAAUUUCUUCAGCCAGAGGGUGGCGAAUCUGUGGAAUUCAUUGCCACAGACGGAAGUGGAGGCCAUGCCAUUGGCUAAUUUCAAAGCGGAGAUUGACAGAUUCUUGAUUAGUCCAAGAUUGUGGGGAAAUGUAGGAGAAUGGGGUUGGGAGGGAAAGAUGAUCGAAUUGCAGAAUAGACUCGAUGGGCUGAAUGGCCUAAUUCUGCCCUUAUCACUUCUGACCUUAUGAUCCUUUGAUGACAAUGGUGGUUAGGACAGCCAUUGAUUGGUGGUGAGGAUACUGCUUCUCGUUAAUCCCUCAUUGUUAGUCAAUAGCCACUUUAUUGUAAUGAUAUCAAUGCAGGUUUAUCAUAUCAUUAAUGGCAGCAAUGCCAUCUCAUUCAUCACCUGGAAAAUUAUGAGGUCAAUAUAUGUAAAUCCAAAUGAAUAUUCUGUCAUAUCAGUGUUUAGAGUUGGGUGUUGCUUCUUUGGUGAAGAUCAGCAGGAUUUGUUGGUGUGGCAAGAGGGUUCGUUCAGUGCCAUCAACAUAGACGGAGAUUGUGGGUGAACACAGGGCAAGAAUGUGUUGUUCUUUGCCACCGUGCCAGUAUCCUCAGGGCACCUGACCACGAAAGCCACCUGAGAAAUGUGUACAGGUUCCAUCCUGACCCAGAUGCUGUCUGUACGGAGUUUAAACAUCCUCCCCGUGCUUUGGUUUCCACCAACAUUCCAAAGACGUGCAGCUUUGUAGGUUAAUUGGCAUCUGUACAUUGUCCCUAGAACGUAUGAUAGAACUAAUGUACGGGGUGAUCAUUGGUCAACAUGGACUCGGUGGGCCGAAGGGCCUGUUUCCACACUGCAAACCCUAACACUAAACUAAACUAAAC